AUGACAAAUAGGUUCAUAGAAUCUCUGAACCUAGAAGGGGUCAUCGAGAGUAUUAACUCAGAUUUAUAUUCCCUGCGACGUCAGAUGACAAAAGGGAAUGUGCAUGGCCUCGGACCACCUGAUUUAAUUAUUUUAACUAAAAAAACAGAUAAUCCUGAUUGUCCGAUCGUGAAAUCUUAUCAUUAUGUGUCAGGAUUAACAAUAUCAAGUCCAUCGUCUUUUGCAGCAUAUUUUGCUUCUCUUACAAAUUUAAUUCCAAAAUCUAUAUUAGGAUCCCCUAAAUAUAGUUUGAUAGAAGGCAUCUGUUAUACUUGGGAUGCAUUUUCUAACGUAGAUAUUCAAAUUACAGUUAAAAAUCCAGGUUCAUGCAAUAUUACUGCUUUAUCUGAUAAACAGAUUUACAAUAUAAGCGAAUUAACAUGGAGAGAACUUACCAUAUGUACAACUCUUAGAUUUUGGCGUGCAUCCGAGCCUCUUUUUGCGAUGUUAUUCGGUUACACUCCAAUCUCUGUUCCAGCUUGUCACUUACUUACACCGGAACAUCUCUCAUGUGAUGACAUUCGCUUUGUCGUUACUGCUCUUCCUCCUUCAAACGAACUUGACGUGGCAAUUGCAAAUGCUCUCAUUGCCUCCAAAGAACGAGCAAAAUCAAUGGCAUUUUUAAGAGAAUUAGCAACAAUUGCACCUAGAAUACUCACAAUUAUCCUCAAAUACAUCCCGGUUGGAUCUCCAACGUAUCCUGAGCUUUCUUCGAACAUUUACGCAGCAUAUUCCAAGUUUCCUGAUGAUAUAAACUUGGCCUGUGCAUGCGUUGAUAUCAAUUUGGCUCGAAAUGAAGCGAAUAAGUGUCUAAAUUUUGUUCCCCUCCUUUUGUCAUCGAUGUGGCGUGAUCCCGAAGCCUGUAUUGCCCUUGCCAGAAUCAACAUUGCCCAGAACAGAGCUGAUGAUGCCAUUUUUUUCCUAAAUGCCGCAUGUUAUUCUCGAGAACCGGCUUGGAUGUCUCCAAUUAUUAAUCUCCCGGUUUAUCAGACUACAAAAUCAAAGAAAUUUGCAAAAUCGGAUAUUUCCCCUCAGGAACAACUUUUGUGCGUGAGUCACUUUUGUGGUCCCGCUUUCAAUUUCUAUCGUUGUCUCUCUGAAUUGGCCAAUGAUGUUGGAAUCAUCAAAUUACAGACAAUGAUGAAAUACAAGAGCUUCACUGCAAAGACAGUGAUCCCCAAGAACCCUGAGCUCGAUGUUUUCGCAGAAAAUCCGCCUCAAUCUGUUUCUCAUUUUGAUUUUGAUUUAAGGGACGAGAAUCUCUUUGACCCAGGCAUUUCAUCUUCAUCGGUGCCACCUGCUCUUAUAUCUACGCUACCUACAUCAGCGAAAUUGAUCAGUGCCGCUGAAUAUGUUUUCAAAGAUAUACAAUUGUGCGACAGCCUCAAGCGCUCACCACAAUUUCCUACUUCUCUCGAUGCAGUGAGAUUAGCUCUCUCUGGAAUCAGAGUUGGAGAUAUGGAAGCCGUUGAAGUUGCCCUCAAAUAUAUAAAAGGAGUUUCUCCUUUCGCAGAUUUACUCAGAAUGCGAAUGGUUUGCGAAACUAAGUGGACUUCGUUGUCUUCCUUGUUCCAUGAGCCUCCAAAAGGCUCAACUCUCAAUGAAGUCAAUGCUGCAACGUUCGCAAAAACUCUCUCAAUUGGUUUAGAGUCGUUCAUCAUUUGA